CCGCGCGGCAGCGUCAGCCGCGCUAAGAUGGCGACUCCCAUGCAUCGUCUCAUAGCCCGGAGACGAGCUGAAGCAAAUAAACAAAACGUAAGAUGUCAGAAAUGCUUGGAAUUUGGACAUUGGACUUAUGAAUGCACAGGAAAAAGAAAAUACCUACAUAGGCCUUCAAGAACAGCAGAACUAAAGAAAGCCUUAAAAGAGAAAGAAAACAGAUUACUAUUACAACAAAGCAUUGGAGAAACUAAUGUAGAGAAAAAGACCAAGAAAAAAAGGUCUAAGAGUGUCACCAGUUCUAGUAGCAAUAGCAGUGACAGUUCGGCCAGCGACUCUUCAUCAGAGAGUGAAGAAUCAUCUACCUCAUCCUCCUCAGAGGACAGUGACACUGACGAAAGCUCCUCCAGCUCAUCAUCUUCAACCUCUUCCACAAGCUCUUCUUCCUCCUCUGAUUCCGACUCAGAUUCCAGCUCUUCCAGUAGCAGCAGCUCUAGCACAGAUAGCAGCUCUGAGGAAGAGCCACCAAAGAAAAAGAAAAAGAAAUAGAAUUGCUUCAUUUAUCUUGGACUGAUGGACUACAAACAUUAAUGUGAUUCUCAAAAGAGAAUCAAGAAAAUGUUAAAGCCAAAUAGAUUCAUUGGUCAAAAUUUGUAGAGUUUAAAAAAUUCUAAGUGUUCUACAUUGUCAGAGCAAAAAGAGUAUUAAAUGUGAAUUUUAUAUAUAUAUAUAUAUAUAUAUAUAAAUAGACACACACACACUUUUUUAUUUUAAGGGUGAAUUUUGUUUUUCUUUUUUAUCUUUAAAAUGUCUCUAGGGUUUAAUCAGAGCUUAAAUAUAGUAUUUCUGUCUUUGUGAUGAAACAUGUUCUUUUUUCUCCUGUGAAAUAAAUGCCAUACUUUGUUAUAUGUUAAUGGUAUAUAAUCAGAUAUGCUUUCAGGAUAAUGCAUCAGACUAUCUGGCAAUGAAUUUGUAAUGAUUUUGGUCUAAUGUUACUAUGUAAGACUUAAUACAUUGUUACUGUAAGCUUAGGUGUUUUCCUACUGUUAAUAAAUGUGCUCUAUUUUUAUGUUUAUAUUCAGAAAUUAUUCUGAUUUCUUUUCUUAAUGCAGAGUUCAAGGAACCCACUAAUAUACCUUUUGGAUGAUACGAGCUUCAAGUUGCUGUGUUGUAUCAUUCAUUUUCCUCCUGUUCUUGAGUUACCCUUUUCAGGAAAAUCAUUCUGGAGGUACAUGAAAAGGAACAGAAAUCUAAAACUACUUAGGAGACUAAUCUUGGUGCCUUUGAUAAAUUCAGUGUAUCAGAAGAGAAACAGUUCUGUAAAAAGAUAACAUAAGUAAAGUGAUGUAAAUGUCUUUGUAUAUUAAUAUGCUGUGAAAGGUGUCAUUCAAUAGAAAAAAGGAAAUAGGAAGAGGUAAUUUUAUAGAAAAUUAGAGCAAUGUCAGAUGCCUUUCAUUAAGAUUUUUUAAAACUUUCUAAAGAUUGCCUUUUGCCAUUUUUGCAAUUAUGGUAUGACAGUUUAUAUGGUAACUGGUCAAAUAUGACAGUCUACUGCAAAAUAUGAAUUAUUUGGGUUAAUAUGGUAUGUUGUCAAAGUAUAUAUACAGCCGGAAUCAGCAUGAAAAGUUAAAAAAGAUAUACUGCACAAUUAUUUCUUUAAAGUGCUCUGUUGUGGUGAGAUUAUUUGGCUUAACAUCAAAUUCUGUGAUGUCUUAAAGCUUUUUGGAAAGGUAUCAUUUGUAGAAAAAUCUUGACUUGGAUUAAAUAUAGGUUUUUAAAACUGAAUGUUGUAUUUUUAAAAAUAUUUAUUUAUUUAUGUAUACAAGGUGUGUGUAUGGGGAGGGGGAGGUAACAGGAUUCACCAGAGAUAGAGGCGGGAACAGAACAGGCAGAUUGACUGAAAUACACUGCUGAGGUGAGCUUAAAGCCAGACAGGAGAGGUCUGCUGUGCCAUGUGGGUUAGCUCCCUGGCUGGGAUCCAACUCAUGCUGCAGUGGCUAGUGAUAGCCUGAUAGCGCUGGGACUUUUUUUUUUUUUAAUACAAGAACCGGGGUACAGGCCAGAUUCGCAGGUAGGUGAGAGAAUUCACUGGAGACAGAGCAGGGAGCAGAACUAGCAGACUGAAGAAAUACACUGCUGAGGGGAGCAGCAGGUGAGACAGGAGAGGUCUGCUUCACCAUGUGGGACCCUCACCAGCGGGCCGGGAUAGAACAGGGCGUUGCAGAGGCUGCGGACAGCAUCAUAGCGCUGUGCUCAACCGCCUGCGCCACCAGGGGAGUCCCAAGAGACUUUUUUAAGAUUUAUAUAUUCAUGCAUACAAGAAUCAGGGUACAGGCCAGAUGUGUGGGAGGGUGAGAGGACUCACCAGAGAUAGAGUGGGGAACAGAACAGGCAGACUGACUGAAAUACACUGCUGAGGGGAGCAGCGGGGGAGACAGGAGAGGUCUGCUGCACCAUGUGGGUAUCUCCCCGGCUGGCUGGUAUCAAACCCACGCUGCAGAGAUUGUGGACAGCUUCACCAGCUUCACAGCGCUGCCCUCAACCGCCUUCACCACCAGGGAGUCCUGCACUGAGACUUUAACCCCUGCCCACCAGGGAUGCUCCUGAAUGUUGUAUUUUUUAAUAUUUUUAUGAGAAAGUAGUGGAAACUUACUUUUGAAGAAAAUGGGCUUCUAUUUAAAUAUUGAAGUAUGUAGUUAUGAGUUUAAGGAGCCUGUAAUUACCUGUAUUACAGAACCAUCUGCUUUCAUAACUAAACUUUCAACAGAUGUUUCAAAAACUCCAUAUAGACAACAGUUG